AUGGUCAAGUUCAUGCAACAUAAGCUUGGCCAUCUUAUUGUUUACACGUUAGUCUGGAUAUUUGGUUUGAUACGCUUCUUUCAGAGCUUUGUCAACCGCAACCCUGCUCUGAGUACUGUUGGUGGGAUUCUUGGACUAGUUUUGGCGAUGCUUGUGGAAACGCUUCUGUUUAUAAUCAAGACCUCUAAAGAUGAUCAGAUUCAGAGCUCUAAAUCAUCAUCAUCUUCAUUCACUCCCACUACUAAGAAGAAUCAGUAG